AUGGCAGAAGACCAGCCACACCUAUGUAUUCAGAUGUCAGAAUCCGGUACAAAUGGCAUUCCCAGAAGAAUGCAGUCCUUGUCAGAUUUGGCUGGCAGGGUAGGAAGUGUGCUUACCUUCCACAACAUCUACUACCAUGUGAAGACAAAGACGGGGUUCCUGUGUUUCCAAAAAGCCACCAAAAAAGAAGUUUUGAGAGAUGUCAACGGCAUCAUGAAACCAGGACUGAACGCAAUUUUGGGACCCACUGGCAGUGGUAAAUCUUCGCUACUGGACAUUUUGGCUGCAAGAAAGGAUCCCCGUGGGCUCUCAGGUGACAUUUUGAUCAAUGGUGCUCCUCAGCCUGCCAACUUUAAAUGUACCUCUGGGUAUGUAGUACAGGAUGAUGUGGUCAUGGGGACCCUGACUGUAAGAGAAAAUCUGAAGUUCUCAGCAGCACUCCGCUUGCCAAAGUCAGUGAAGGAACAGGAGAAAAAUGAGCGAGUGAAUCAGAUCAUCAAGGAACUGGGUUUGAGCAGAGUUGCAGAUUCCAAGGUUGGUACCCAGUUCUCUCGUGGGGUGUCUGGAGGAGAGCGGAAAAGGACCAAUAUUGGGAUGGAGCUCAUCACAGAUCCUGCCAUCUUGUUUUUGGAUGAGCCAACCACAGGACUAGAUGCCAGCACUGCUAAUGCAGUUCUACUGCUACUGCAAAGGAUGUCAAAACAAGGAAGGACAAUCAUCUUCUCCAUCCACCAGCCUCGGUACUCCAUAUUCCGACUGUUUGACAACUUGACACUGCUGGCUGCAGGGAGAGUGCUGUACCAUGGGCCGGCCCAGCAUGCCAUCGAGUAUUUUCAGUCCAUUGGCUACCAGUGCGAGCCCUACAACAACCCCGCUGAUUUUUUUCUGGAUGUCAUCAAUGGCGACUCCACUGCCGUGGCAAUGAACAAGGCUGAUGAAAGUAACACAGAGAGCACUGAAGAAUGCUCUGAAUAUGAUAAAACCUUGGCUGAGCAAUUAGCAGAAAAAUAUGCCAACUCUGCCUACUACCGAGAAACAAAAGCACAUUUAGAGGGCAUUUCUUCAGGAAAUAAAAAGAAAACCAAACAACUUUUCCAGCAAAUCACAUAUGCCAAUUCCUUCCUCCACCAACUGAAAUGGGUGUCCAGGCGCACAUUUAAAAACCUGAUAGGAAACCCUCAGGCUUCCAUAGCUCAGCUUUGUAUUACAGCUUUUCUGGGACUAAUUGUAGGCGCCAUCUACUUUGGACUUGAGGAGAACUCUGCUGGACUACAGAACAGAGUGGGUGCAAUGUUCUUUCUGACCACCAACCAGUGUUUCAGCAGUGUCUCAGCUCUUGAACUCUUUGUUGUAGAAAAGAAGAUAUUUAUGCAUGAAUUUAUCAGUGGGUACUACAGAAUAUCUGUAUACUUCAUAGCAAAGCUAAUGGCUGAUUUAAUACCCAUAAGGACUAUGCCCAGCAUCAUCUUCACCUGCAUAGUUUACUUCAUGCUAGGUUUGAAACCAACAGUAGAAGCCUUCUUUAUAAUGAUGUUCACUCUUAUGAUGGUGUCCUACACAGCCACUUCCAUGGCACUUGCCAUUGCAGCAGGACAGAGCGUGGUCGCUACAGCAAACCUACUCAUGACUGUUGCAUUUGUUUUUAUGAUUAUUUUCUCUGGGUUGCUGGUUAAUCUCACAAGCGUCAUGUCCUGGCUCUCUUGGCUCAAAUAUUUUAGCAUCCCUCGAUAUGGAAUGACAGCUUUACAGAUCAAUGAGUUGACUGAUCUGAACUUCUGUGGCAACAGUAACAACACAGUUUUAAGCAGUGACAGUAGCUAUCGACAGACAGGCCAGAUGCCAUGUACUGGAGAGGAGUAUCUGAAGAGUCAAGGCAUUGAUAUGAGCACCUGGGGCCUGUGGCAGAACCACCUGGCUCUGGCCUGCAUGACACUAAUCUUCCUUACCAUCGCCUACCUCAAACUGCACUUCAUGAAGAAGUUCUCCUAAAACCAGAGGGAAAGAUGCAAUUCCCACCGUUUAGUAGUUUGCUGAACUGAUUGUGCAACUGACUUGAUUAUUUUUAAGGAGAAAUUUCUUUGUACUUUUAUUAUUACCCAAGUCAACAACAUGAAUGCCAUCCUUGUAUAUUAAAUACUUGCUGUUAAUUUACUCUGCCAAAAUGUCUGGCAUGGCUCACUCCUCUUUGCCACAGAGGGAAAAAAAAGUGUACAGCUGUUCAUUUCUUCAAGAGACUAUUCAGUCUUUCUGAAUGUUCUAGCUAUGAUCUUGUCAAACACUGUAUCUAAUAUUUAGUGGCUUAACCUGAAAUAAGUAGUAGUUCCAUACUUUGAUUAGCACCUACCUUUCUACCUUCACCAGGAAGAAAUUCAGUCUAAAAUGAUGUUUAUCAGGACACCAAUACAAUCUCAUCUGCUUAUGUGGUCACAGGAUAUGUGAGACGGGCACAAAAUUCCUUUAAUCCCAGUGCCCUUUUCUAUUUGGGAAUCAUUACUGCUCUAGAAUGUACUUAUUGAUGCCAUCAAGCUAGAAUAACUGUGUUUUUAAAUAAAGGUGUUGUUCUUACAGGGCCAGUUCCCACAAUCCUUUCCUGAAAUUUGUAUUUCCUCUGCAUAACUGCUAGUCAUCUUUACUGUCCCAUUACUGCUGCUAUCAAGAGUAGUUCUUAGUAAUUUUUACGGGGACCAGUUUCAAGUGCAUGACUAAACAGAGUGGUAGCACCUUUGUAAAAGUCCAUAGAUUGGAGCAAUCCCUUCCUGGCAGGCCAGCUUUUCCCUGGCCAUGUGCAGCAAUGCUAGCUCAUCUCUUUUUUAUCUGCAAAGUUAUGCAUAGUAAAUGCAUAAAAAUCCAUAGAAGACAACUCUACAGCUCUUUCUUGGGUUGUUACUGUUCAUCUUGUUGCUCCUGCAGUGUUUGCCCCAGCUUGUGUAGGCCACAAGAAAAGUCUUACAUUAUGUAAGAUUUCUGUAAGAGAUUUAGAAACAUGGAAUACUUCGAAUGGGAAGGGACCACAAGGAUCAUCGAGUCCAACUCCUGGUCCUGCACAGUACGUCCCCAAGAGUCACACCCUGUGCUUGAGAGCAUUGUCCAAACACUUCUUGAACUCUGUCAGGCUUAGUGCUGUGACCACUUCCCUGGGGAGCCUGUUCCAGUGCCCAAACACCCUGUGGGUGAAGAACCUUUUCCUACUAUUCCAUCUAAAACUUCCCUGACACAACUUCAGGCCAUUCCCUCCAGGUUCUGUCAUUGUCUCCACAGAGAAGAGAUCAGUGCCUGCCCCUCCUCUUCCUCUCAUGCAGAAGUUGUGGACUGAGUUGGGGCCUCCCCUCAGCCUCUUCUUUUCCAGGCUGAACAGACCAAGUGACCUCAGCUACUCCUCACAUUCUUCCCCUCUUGAUUCUCCACAUUCUCAAGGCCUCUCUGCCUUCAAUUACACCACUCCUCGAGAACGGACAGCUUACAUAUGUUGUAAAUUUAACAUCUUCAUACAUAUGCCAUUAGGAUUCCCUAAUUAUUGUAUUGCUUUGUUGGUAAGAUGUCAUGCUACUGGAGAAAAUAAAAGGUUCAGAGCACAAAAAA